AAGAAAACAAUCUUUCUCUGCCGACUUCCGUGGAAAUCGAUCAAACUUGGAGGAUUAGCUUUUGCUCGGGGUAACUAUCAGAUAUCAAUAGAAGAGUUUGCUUAAUUUUGGAUUGAUGACUCCGAAAUUUGAAACCGAAAUGAAUUUGCUAACGGGGCAUAAGAAAAUCAAGCAAUUUGGAAAACAUCUACUAUCGAUUUGAAGUUGCUGUAUUUAUAGGUAGAUGCUAUUAAUGCGCAUAGCGAGCAGGAUUUAGCGCGACUGCAUCUGUGGAUUCAGAAUUCUCAUCUUGAUCAGUGAGUUGGCUUGGGUUGUUAACAUAUUUCAGAGCAGAAGGUAUUGCAAUAAAAUGGAAAAUUGGAGUAAUUCUACAGUAAUCUAAGAUUUACAGUGCAAAUUAUACGCCCCGAAUUAUUUAUCUAAAACUACGCUUGCCGAUGAUGACUGACUACACCUGGGAAACGUAGUUCAGGUUUGUUUUGUUGGAGGGUUAUAUCUACGACGAUUUUAUUGAAGUUUUAUUGAAAUACAAUGUUUAUUAUGGAUAUGCGACUUGUAGCAUCACUGGGGUUAGUUCUGCUAAUGGAGCUGGUAGGAGAUACAACUAGUUCCAAACAAACCAAAGGGGAACCAUUAAACGUCAGAAUAGCAACUGUGCUGCCCCAGGACCCGACACGAUUGUUUUCAAUUGGAAGGGUGCGUCCAGCGUUGGAAAUUGCUAUUGCAGAUGUUAAUCGCGACAUCCUUAGACCAAGGGGUAAGCUUUCAGUAGAGUAUGGCGACUCUCAAUGUAGCGAAAUGCAUGGCAUGAAUGAAGCAAUAAAUUUCUACAUGUCAGAUAUGGUCGAUGUUUUCUUUGGUCCAGUUUGUGAUUUCUCAUUAGCACCUGUUGCACGACAACUAUCUUUUUGGAACAUCCCAAUGAUCACAGUCGGGGGACUGGCCAGAGCGUUUAGAAAAGAGCGCAAUAUCACCUAUCCCAUGUUGACUCGAGCUAGCACCGCCAACUUUCACACCCUUACUCAGUUCUUUGAAACUGUCUCGGAUGUUUUUAAAUGGAAAAAAUUGAAAAUUUUGUAUGAAAAAGACGGCCAGGACAAUGUCUUGAUAGGAUUAUGCCAUCUGACUAUUGAGGCAGUUUACUAUGGUCUUGAAGACGAAGGUUUCAAGGUGGACUAUUUCAAAUUGCCGGACAAUCAGAGUUCAACUACUUUCAAAAGUAUCUUAACAGAACAAGUCGGAAACAAAUAUGCUG